AUGGCUUUUACUCUUCAGAGGUUUAGAGAUCUUUUAGGCAAUCCUUAUGCUGUGAUUGGGGUUUGUGUAGCAGUAAGUGUGACAGCCUACUUUACUCUCAGCAGUCACCAUCCAAACUAUCCAAGGAAAAAGCGUCGCAUGAGCAGCUUUCCGGACCUCACAAACAACAUAACUAUCAUGGCAAAGUAUCUUACACCAGACGUAUUCUCCAAGUUGAAAGACAGGGGCACGACUAAAAAUUAUGAUAUAGAGCAACUGAUCGAGUCGGGUCUAGGUUCAGUUGGCUCCAGCUCACUCGCUGGAAACCCAGCGGGGCUGCUAGCGGGAGAUGAAGAAUGUUACGAUGUUUUUAAUGAGCUCAUGGACCCUGUCAUUAGAGAGCUACAUGAGGUGGAUCAGAAUUUCAGGUCAGAAAUUAACUUGGAUUGGGAGCAAAUCAGAGGUGGAAAGCUGUAUGGAUCAAACGUGCUAUGCUGCAGAUUGAGUGGUAGAAGAAAUAUAGAAGGAUACCGAAUGGUUCCCGCCAGCCGAGCAACAGAACUAUUAGAUGUGAGUCACCCGAUAGUGACAACAUUGGAGUCUAUUUGGGAAAACAUCGGGGACUCUUUUCUCUCGGUGUCAUGGCAAAACAGUAAUUCUGCGAUGGAAGAGUAUGGAUCAAGCUUUGUUUCACUGCCGCCCCAGCUGUCACGCGAUUGGCCUCAUGGAAGGUUCGUGUGGUUAGCUGAGAACAGACAAUGUCAGAUAUUCAUAAAUUUCGAGGAUCAUUUGAAGGUUGUCAUAACUCAAACUGGCGGUGAUAUACAAAGGGCAUUCAGGCGAUACAGCGAAAUACUCUCAAGUAUAGAGGAAGGUUUAAAACGAAAUGAAAAGAAGUUCAUGUGGAGCUCAAAAUAUGGAUAUUUGACAAGCUCGCCACAUAACAUCGGCACAGGACUUGAGGUGGAAGUAGAAGUUCGGCUGUCAAAACUCUGCAAGGAUCCAAGAUUUGAGCGCAUUAUACAUGUACUCCCAGUGAAGCUAGACGAGGCAGAUCCACAAGCUCAAGACGUGUUCUGCAUACGAAAUAAAUACAAAAUGCAGCUGACGGAGGUUGAUAUUCUUCAACAAGUUAUCAACAGUGUGACUUUACUAGUUGAAAUUGACAAGAGAAUUCAUCGGGGAGAGAACAUCCGGGAUUUAUUGCCGUAG